GCGGGAUAAUACGAAAAACAUCGACGUCGAUCGCUUUAGAAAUCGAUUUCCAAUGGAUUUCUCGGUUCAGCUUUUCUGCUAGAAGGUUUCCGCUCAAGUUUAACACCCGAACACUCUUAAUUCGGUAUCAGACCUUAUCUGAUGGCUGAUGCAAACAGUUACAGUUCUCCAACCAAUCUGCGCAGAGGAGGAAACCGGGGUUCCUGGAGGGGACGAGGCUCUUGGAGUGGCAGAUGGAGAGGUGGUAGAGGCGGCACUUAUUUUAAUCACUAUGGUAACAAAGGAAACCAUGGAAACAGAAAUUUUUCUAACAACCCUUCACAAAAUCAUCGCUCACAACCAAUACUAGUUCAGAGCAAAUUAGCAUUUGCAUCACCUUAUAAAGGAUGGAUUUUGUAUUUUCCAGAAGAAGCUUACGCAGCAGAAUCACCUACUGUGGAAAAAUUAAAAGUUUUCGAGGAAUAUUUUUCAAAAUAUGAACAACUUUAUAACUUGUAUGAUAUUGAAACCCAGAGACAUUUCUCUGUCAGCUUUGCCGAAAUGGCUUCAGAUAACAUAAUCACAACAAGUUACCCUGAUUUUCCAAAAGAACUACGAGAUUCUCCUGAAAAGAUUAUCAAAUGUUUGGGUUUAGCAAUGCAUCAGUUGAUUCUAACCAAACGGAGGGAGGAGCAAGAUUCUUCUGAAGCUGAUAGCUACCUGCCAAUGAUUUAUGCCAGAAUUAAAGAAUGUGAUAAUAUUGUACAAUUGAAAAAUAUCAAGGCUAACUACUAUGGUAAAUUUGUGACAGUCAAAGGAACAGUUGUCAGGGUAGGAAAUGUGAAGCCCCUUUGCACUAAAAUGGAAUUUGAGUGCAAUAGCUGUUCAAAUCUAGAGACUAUUUUGUUGCCUGAUGGUAAAUAUGUUACACCCCAGAAGUGCACUUCAUCAGGAUGUCGUAGUCGAGUGUUCCAUCCAAAACAAAGCUCUCCAAAGACAGAAUCAAUAGACUGGCAAACAAUAAGACUCCAAGAAGUUAUGGGAGAUCAGAAUGAAACUGGUCGAAUUCCUCGAACAAUUGAGUGUGAUCUGACUAAUGACCUUGUGGAUAGCUGUGUUCCCGGAGAUACGGUUUCAAUUGCUGGUAUUGUCAAAGUGAACACUUCUAACGAAGGUCAUCCAAGAAAUAAAGACAAGUGUUUGUUCCUUCUCUACAUCCAAGCUAAUUCCGUAACAAAUCCUAAAGGUAAAACCACCGGUGAAUCAGCAGGUUUAGCUAUGGAUUUUACUAUGAAAGAAUUAUAUGCAAUCCAGGAAAUACACAGCGAGAAACAUCUCUUCAGACUUUUAGUUGGAUCCCUGUGUUCCAGUAUAUGUGGACAUGAGAUGGUCAAAGCAGGCUUGGUUCUUGGUCUUUUUGGAGGAACACAACGUUUUGCAAAUGACAAGGAUUGUGUUGCCAUCCGUGGAGAUCCGCAUAUUUUGAUGGUCGGAGAUCCAGGUUUGGGGAAAAGUCAGAUGCUGCAAGCUGUGAGUAACGUAGCCCCACGAAGUGUAUAUGUCUGCGGAAAUACAACCACUGUGUCAGGUUUAACUGUAACUCUCUGCAAAGAAACGGGCUCAAACGACCAUGCAUUAGAAGCUGGAGCCCUUGUUCUUGCUGACCAAGGAUGUUGCUGUAUUGAUGAAUUUGACAAAAUGAAACAACAGCACCAAGCUCUAUUAGAAGCUAUGGAACAGCAGAGUAUUAGCAUUGCAAAAGCAGGUAUUGUUUGCAGCUUACCUGCCAGAGCUUCCAUAAUUGCGGCUGCUAAUCCUGUGGGAGGACAUUAUUCAAAAGCUAGAACAGUCUCAGAGAAUCUCAAGAUGGGAAAUGCAUUGUUGUCAAGAUUUGAUUUGGUCUUUAUCCUGUUGGACAAACCUGAUGAGGUCAAGGACAACAUGCUGUCAAGCCAUGUUAUGGCAAUGCAUGCUGGCAAAAAAUGGAAAGUAUCACCAUUCUUUACCGUAUCCCAAGACACAUCUUUUGAGGAUCUCUCAAAUAUGACACUACAAGAAAGACUUACUAUACAUCCACAUGAAAAAAUUGAUCUGAUUCCUCCUCAGCUAUUCCGGAAGUAUGUUGGAUAUGCUCGUAAAUAUGUCCACCCAAAGAUUGGAAAAGAAGCUGCUUCUGUUAUACAGAAAUUCUAUCUAGAUUUGCGACGUCAGCAUCAUAGCCGAGAUUCCACACCAAUAACUACCAGACAGCUAGAAUCUCUGAUUCGGCUCACUGAAGCUCGUGCCAGGGCCGAACUUCGAGAAGAAGCGACUAAAGAAGAUGCUGAAGAUGUAAUAGCCAUUAUGAAAUACAGUAUGAAAGAAACUUACUCUGAUGAAUUUGGAAUGUUGGAUUUCCGACGUUCUCAACAUGGAUCAGGAAUGAGCAGCAGGUCACAGCACAAGAAAUUUAUUUCGUUACUUCAACGAAAAGCUGAAAAGACUUACAACUCAAUUUUCACAGUUCAGGAAAUGAAAGAUCUCGCCAAGGAACUCAAUCUCCAGAUGAUAGACUUUGAAGGCUUCCUGACUUCACUGAACAACCAUGGUUACCUCUUGAAGAAAGGCCCAAAAGUCUAUCAGCUCCAAGUUGUGGAUUAUUGAAGCCUUUAAUUACACCCAAUAUCUUGACUGUCUUUAUUUCCAUAGAUAUUGCUCUCAAAUUCUCUGAAAGGAUUUCAACAUACAUCAACAAUCCUCUUUCAGAGGUCUUUGUUACUUGCUAUUCCAAGAGAACUGCAUUGUAUCCAAAACAUCUCUUCCUACUCACAAACUGCCAGAUUGUUCUAUUGUCACACCUGAACAGAAUUGUAAUAAUAAUAAUGUCAUGACAUUUACAUAAGCAUUUGAACGCCGAAGUUUUCCUGGUUUAUGAUUCAAUACUUAAUGAGUUAAAACAACUUCAAAACUCAAUUUUAUUUACAGCUGAUGAAGGGAACAAAGAGAUCUUUGCUGAAUAUUUAUACAUUUGUUAAUAAGUGUUACUUGGAUUUCAAUGUCACACAAAACAGUUUUUUCAUAGUUGAUUGUAUUGAAAUAAUAAUAAUAUCUCUCUCUUGUUUUUUUUAAAAAGGUUAAAAUCCUCAUUCCAAUCAUUUUACUCAAUAAUAUAAUGUUAGUUGAAAAUUCCUAUUUUGUUAAAAUGCUGAAGCUGAAAAAUGGGAAACUUAUAUUUAUCUUUCUUUCUCUCUUUUUCAUUUUUAUUGUUAAUAUUUCAAAUUCUAAAUCAUCCAUUUCACAACAUAAAACCAUUUGUCAAGUUUGUUAUAAAUAAAAUAAACCAUGGAAUUUCAACCGUGUUUCAUGGUCUGCUACCACAACAGCUCCUUUAUAGGAUCCAGUUAGCUCAAGACAUCAUCAGGAGGAGCCCAUGUCCGGUUUCGGCCCCUAUUCCUCAUUCAUUAGUUUUUUACAUGAAUAUUCAUCACUAGGC